AUUGUACCUGUAAAUUUGUACACUUGACCAACACCACAAUGCAGAGUAUCAGCAAUUUCCUCCCAGAGAAGCAUCCAAUCCUCUCGUCCCGACAGAUCGAGGGCUUAAUUGCUGCCGGACAGCAUAUUCUCAUCAUCCAUCAGAAGGUGCUACGUGUCGACUCGUGGAUUCCGUACCAUCCCGGCGGUCAUAAGCCGAUUCAGCAUCUGGUCGGCAAGGAUGCUACGGAUGAAUUCACCGUGUUCCAUUCCGAAGAAACGCAGAAAUUGAUAGAUCGGUAUCAGAUCGGUCGGAUUGAGGGCCGAUGGCGGAAUUUGGUGCCUCCUAUUCAGGGUGGUCAGUUCAGACCAUAUGAUGAGAACAUACCCUCAGAUGGGACGAAAGAGUCCACUAUCCUCAAUGGACAGAAUACAGAUCAAGAUAAUCGUCUCGAUCCCGUGCUUGCAGCAGACCUCAACAGCACCGAAGCAAUGACCUUCCUAGACAGCGAGACCAAGAAAGAAAUCAGCCUCACCCUAACUCAAUACCCCCCGUUGGAUGAAAUCACGCAAGGCGACAUCAUCCACAAAUACCACCGUCUCCACGAGCAAAUCCAAGCCGAAGGAUUGUACAACUGCAACUACAUCGCCUACGCCAAAGAAUUCACCCGCUGCUCCCUCAUCUUCACCACCAUGCUCUUCUUCCUCCACAUCGGCUGGUACUGCACCAGCGCCCUCUUCCUCGGCUUCUUCUGGUCCCAACUCGUCUUCGCCGCCCACGACGCCGGCCACAUGGCCAUCACCCACAACUUCACCAUCGACAGUCUUAUCGGCAUGACCAUCGCCGCCCCCAUCGGCGGCCUCUCCCUCGGCUGGUGGAAACGCACCCACAACGUCCACCACACCGUCACCAACCUCCCCGAACACGACCCAGAUAACCAACACCUCCCCUUCCUCGCCGUGAACCACCGCUUCCUGGGGAACCUCUUCUCCAGCUACCACGAGCGUCUGAUGCCGUACACCAAAGCCGCCCGCUGCCUCGUCCCCUACCAAGCCUACCUCUACUACCCGGUCCUCAUGUUCGGCCGCUUCAACCUCUACAUCCAAUCCUGGAUCUUCCUCCUCCACGGCCAAGGACCCCGCAAGGGUCUCGCCUGGUGGCACCGCUGGUACGAAAUCAUCGGCAACAUCCUCUUCUGGACCUGGUUCGGCUACGGCAUCGUCUACCGCUGCAUCCCCACCGCCUGGGACCGCUUCGUCUUCGUAAUGAUCAGCCACAUGGUCACCAUGCCAUUACACGUGCAAUUCACCCUCUCCCACUUCGCCAUGUCAACCAUGGACCUCGGGCCCAGCGAAUCCUUCGCGCAACGCAUGCUCCGAACAACCAUGGACGUGGACUGCCCUGAAUGGUUGGAUUUCAUUCAUGGCGGGUUGCAGUUCCAGGCCAUUCAUCAUUUGUUUCCCCGCGUGCCGAGACAUAAUCUUCGGAGGACGCAGAAAUUGGUCCUGGAGUUUUGUCGCGAGGUGGGUAUUCCGUAUGCGUUGUAUGGGUUUGUUAGUGGCAAUCGGAAGGUCGUGGGGAGUUUGGCCGAGGUUAGUCGCCAGGCGGCGAUUUUAGCGCAGUGUCAGAGGACGAUCGCGCGGAGGGGGGAUUUCAUUCAUGGGCAUUGAUGAUGCCAGAGGGGUUGGGAUUAUGGGUGUUGAUGGGGAGCUGUGGGAAUGGAAUUGGUGCGGGUGGAUCGAAAUAUGAAGAGAUCGAAGAUAGUGUGCUGGUCAGGGACUGCGGAAGUAGUCAGUAUCAAGCUGAGCUAAGAACAAAGUCUUCCAUAUGAGUAUAAAACAGAAUC